AUGGAGGGGGGUGUAGUAACAAUGGGCUGCACUCGAUUACUCAUAGGCCAGAGAAGUUGGCGAAAACAAUGCCUCGUGCGAAUGGCAGGCGGACAUCGCUUGUCCAUAGCCCAUUUAGGAUCACUUGCACUGUCCCAACUCGAAAGUUUCGGACAUCGACAAGUCCUGGCCACAGCUGGUCUGCUGCUAUGUCUUCUAGCAUCUGGUUACCGUAACCCCACGCGGGUUUCUUCACAACAGAAAAAAACGUUCGUGCCACCCAUGAAGAGUGUUCGCAAAAGAUUAAUGGGGCCGAUCAAUCGAGUGCCAACAAAGGUACGCAGCUCGAAUAGACCCGACUCAAGUCGUCUUCUGCCACAAUACUAA